AUGGAAAAUGGAUACGAGGAUAAGAUUGGUGUAAAUGAAGUUCGUACUGGUACCUACCGUCAAUUAUUUCACCCUGAACAAUUAAUCACCGGAAAGGAAGAUGCUGCAAAUAAUUAUGCUCGUGGUCAUUAUACCAUCGGAAAAGAACUUGUUGAUGUUGUUCUUGAUCGUAUUCGUAAACUUGCUGACAACUGUACUGGUCUUCAAGGUUUCUUGGUCUUCCAUUCAUUUGGUGGCGGUACUGGUUCUGGUUUUGGUGCAUUGCUUUUGGAACGUCUUUCUGUUGAUUAUGGCAAAAAAUCAAAAUUGGAAUUUUCUGUUUACCCAGCUCCUCAAGUAUCAACUGCUGUUGUCGAACCCUACAAUUCAAUUUUGACCACUCAUACUACAUUAGAACAUUCUGACUGUGCUUUCAUGGUUGACAAUGAAGCUAUCUAUGACAUUUGUCGUCGUAAUCUUGACAUUGAACGUCCUACUUACACCAAUCUUAACAGAUUAAUUGCACAAGUUGUUUCAUCUAUCACCGCUUCUCUACGAUUUGAUGGUUCCAAAUCAACAAAAACGUAUUGA